AUGCAGCAGCAACCAGACAAAGAAGUCAAAAACAUUUUUUUCGUGUUAGCAAUAACUAAGUACGUUCUGCGUGUUGUAGCUCCAACAUGAUGCGAGAUGAACCUGCUCAUCAAGAAGAACCAGAACGGGACUCUGCGCACAACGUAGUUGCAGUUGUAUCUCCAACCGUCGAUGAGCAGCGUGAUGAACAUGUUGGCCGCAGGAGCGUGCGCUGCUCGGUUGGGCGCCACGCAACGCGCGGUCCCCUUGCCGGGCAAGGCCAAGGGCGCUAGGCCCCGGCCUCUUCCACCCGGCCCUGUGCCGGGCGGGCGGAGCGUCUUUGCAGUGCUAAUGAGGCGCGCCCUUGGCGGGGGCAAGCAGGCUGGUGCCUGUGUGGCGCCGGCCCCCAAUUUUGUUAUUGCGCCCCCCUCGCCGGUGCGGCUGUCCCACGGGCUACACACCGGUGGGCCAACCUGUCCUGGUGCCGAAGCGCCGCGCCGUUUUUUUUUCUUACGCCAAGCCCCCCCGGUGCCGAUGUUGUUGCGCCGCUUAGCGACCUUCUCCCAAAUGUGUUCGGCAUUGGGCAGGGCGCGUCGGCUUGCGUCGUCUUGGUUGGUUCUGCGCAGUCGGCUUGGCGGUGCGCCCUUGGAGAGGCCCCUCCAAGCGGGCUGCGCGCGGCCUUGCCUGGUGUUGGACAUGCGAGCCCCCCGCCCCGAAGGCGGGCGAAGGGCGGGCUGUUGUUUGUAUGCCUGCGGCCGUGCCGCCCCACAGGCAUGGCAAGCUCCGUCCCCGCGGGGGGCCCCGGCCCGGCUGUGCGGGGCCACGGCCCCCGGCGGUACGCGCGGCGGCUUCUCUUUCGGUGUGCCGGCCGAGGCGCAAAAACACCAAAGACAGAGCCGGGGAGAAACGCUGCGGCCGCCGGCCCAAAGGAGGUGGCCCCCGGCCGCCCGGCCCCAACAAUGCGCAACCCCGCCGGGGCAGCAGAAAUAUUCGCGAGAAGGCCGCAGGCGGCGCAAGCAGCCGCGCUGCCUUUUUUCAUUCGGAAGAUAGAGGCGGGCGGGGGUAGCGCCGGAGCCGCAACAUCUCGCGCCCGCGCCUGUAGCAUUCCCAAGCCCACGCGGCCCGGGCGCAUCGCAAAGCGGCUCGGCCCCCGGCCCCGCGCCACCUAGUGCGCCGCGAAGGCAGGGGGGCGGGAAGAAACAUGGCGGGGGGCGCCCAGGAAACUCACAAAGGCAGGUGCGGAAUUGGGAGCGAAAGGGUGCCCGGCCCGCGGAAUCUCUUCGGCUGUGCGCCUCGAAGCGGCACCGCCGUCGGCCGGAGUGCUCGGCAUCGCCUGGGCCCCGGGCGCCUUGCUUGGCCCGGCCGUUGAUUCUCGGCGGGGCGUCGCGCGCCGGCGCCGCCCCGGGACAAGAUGGCGCGCGAAACGGUGGGCCCGUGCUGCAGGCCGCGCAACUUCAGGAAUGGGGGCGCAGCCUGCGGCAAUUGCUGCGGCUUUUUAAUCACCCCUGAGUUGUGUUUUCAGGGUGAUGCCACGGCUGGCUUUUGGUCGCAAGCCAGGUAGCUGAAGCGCCGCGACUGCCUUCGAAUGGUUCGGGCCCGGAGGUCUCGGAUAGGUUCCAGAGUCCUCGGAGUUGCGGCAUUUUUUGCCGCGGAGGGGCUGUGCUUUGGCGCGUCAUUUUUGUGGGCUCCCGGCGCGGUCGAAAAUCGGUUUUGUAAAUCGCAUUUUGAAAAUGCUUUUUCAGUUUUUUGUUUCAAAAAAUCGAAAAACGAAAAUGCGCGUUUUGUAUUUUGUUAUAGCAUAUCGAUGAGCAGCGUGAUGAACAUGUAAUGUUGGCCGCAGGAGCGUGAUGAACAUGUUGGCCCAAGAAAAAAGACCCCCAGAACACGACCAACCCAUCAAAUGCAACUAGAUGAACCACUCUCCACGACCUGAAGCGAUUUUAUUCUGCAUCAGCACAUUUUUUUAUUUUGUUAAAAAUACUGUGUAGUUUGUUUAAUUUUCCCUUCUUUCACACGCCUCGGAGUGCGACAUCUUCGCUGUCGGAAGUAAGCUGCAUCCUUUUGAAAAAAGAAAAAACUGGUGAGCGAAACGAUAAAAAACAAAAACAUUACGCGAGCUUUGCACGCGACACUGAAGUCUUUUCUUGAACAAAAAAACAGCUUUUAUUUUCUUUGGCAGGCAACAGUUGUGCUUUAUUUUGCAGACUACAGUCAAAUAAUUUCAUCUUCUUCUUCUCCAUCGUCGCAUCCUCUUCCAGUCCGUCGGUCGUCCUUGCUUUUUUAAAUCCCCUCUGCACUUUGGCGUUAGGUUUUGUACAUUCACGUUCACGCUCAGAAUCCGGAAGAAUAAUUCCAAUUUCAGUUUACGGGUGGGUGGAAGAAAUUCAUGGAGGCGAUGGUGUAGGGUCGUCGGCUGUACUGCAGAAUCGGGUCGGGUUGGAAAUCGGUACAAUGAUGCAUGUCGGAAGAGUUGCGUUAUCGGUUCGUAAAAAACAAAUCUUCCUUUAUUUCCCCCGCGUACUCUCGAUCCGGUUCGUCGAAACAAAACUUCAACUUCCACACUUACAUCUUCGUUUUCGUUUGCAUCGUGUUCUCGCCAUCGUGUACUUCAGAUAUGUCGUCAGUGCUUGCCGUACCAUCGCACUUUAAAUGUUUACCUGGAUCGCGUUUUAACUGGGAUAUAACUAGAACUAGCUCGAGGACUAGUCGCAAACGAUGAAAGAACUGCAAGAACAGUUUUCAUCGCCCGCGGAAGGGUUUCGAAGACGAAAAUUGUGUCGCGCGGCUGGUUAGGCUUUCGCGCUGGUUAGGUUUUCGCGCACGCAUUUGGUUACCAAUAUCGCCCUCCGGGCGCGACCUUCAUAUCUCCAACCGUCGACGAGCAGCGUGAUGAACAUGUUGGCCGCAGGAGCAGCAAUUCCUGCACCGUUGGCCGCAUGCAAAUGAGUAUUGACUCAUUGUUAGCAAUUCUCAUGCAGCAAAUCCUUGCACAGCUCUUUCGUCAAUACGGUGCCGCUAUCAAAUGUAAAAGUGUCCGGGUCUGGAAGAAUGCAACUUGUCAUGCUAAAUCUGAAGCAUGCAAAAAUCUGUGUUGCAUGAUUACCAAAAGUCGUCCAGUUUUGACCAAGUCGGGAGGGAGUUUCUCAUGCAGGAUAGGCACGAGAGAGAUCGCGCAGAAUCUGUUAUGCUAGGUCCUGCAUUCCAGACCUCGGGGGUCAUGGAAAAGCUGCAUGACAAGUCGCGCACUCUUCCAGACCCAGACCCAGACCCAGACACUACUGCGCGAGCACCCACAGGCUCCCAGGUGCCUAGCGCUUUGGCCAGCGUUGCACCUCGAUAGAGCCUGCGGGACCCCGUGGGCAGAAGUUCAUCGCACCCAAUUUGCAUGUUGCGCAAGUGAUAGUAUAAGUAGUAGUACUCAGUACCACCGGUGGACGCCAUAGCAUGCUUUUAGUCUCUCUCUACAUAUUAUAUCCACGUAGUUCUCUUCUCUUUUCUUUCUUCAAAAUGUUAAAGUCGUUCUCUUCCCUGUGCUGUACCAUGGUCUUGCUUCCAGACAAAACACCAGACAUUUUUGCAUUUGAUAGCCCCUGCUGUUUCUGUCCUGAAGUCUGUCGUUAGUUCCGAAAGAAGAAGUUGCUCCUCCUGCGCCCCCACUUGAAGAUGUCAGCGGCCCUUUGUUCUGCUGCAAAAUCUCGGCUUCUAUUCUCCGGAACAGCGGCAGGAUAUUCGCGUUCAGCUCGGCAAUCGCGGAAGAAUCCAAAUUGUCCCGCAUGGAGUAAAACAGCCGCUUUUUCAAAUACACAAUCUAUGGAAGCGUCAGGAUUGAAAUCGUCACAGUUGAAAUAGCUUGCGAUGCAUAAAAUGCAACCCACAAAAAGCCUGUCUUGCAGAGUAGCCAAGGAAGGCAGAUUGUAAGCCUGUUGAGGGGUAGAAAUAGAGCUGCUAAAGUAGCAAGACAGAAGGCGUCUUCCUUACCCAAACACCAUUACAAAUUGGGUUUCGGCUCUUCCCAAAUUUGUCAUGCGCCAGUUGAAAACUAGGCACCAACUGGUAUCCGUUUUAUGCAUCAGAAAUUAUUUCAACUUUGUCGAUUUCGAUCCUGACACUACCAUACAAUCUCCGCUUGGCGUAACGUCGCGGAGGAAGACACAACUGCUGCUUGGUUGUUUAUUGCGACAGAAGAUGCAGUAGUGGUCCCGUCUUGAUUGGCUCCAGUUGUUGUUGUGCUGCUGGAGCUGGAAGUCGAAGAAGUUCUGGCUUCUUUAGUCGUGUCAGCAGAACCCGCUGUUCCUGCAGUAGAAGACCCACUCCCUUGCUCACCGGACUGUUUGUCUUUGACCGCUCCUCCCGUAUUCCCACCGCUUGAUCCCGAAGCCACCACAUCCGCCACCUUGAUUUCGUCCAGAAACUGUAGCUGCCACCCCAGAUACCGCAACACGAACAUCUCGUAGUUCUGCAACAAGCAAAUCGGGUUCCGUAUUGUGAGGAAAAAUCUUCCCUCCCCAUAUCGAACAGGAAAUUUGUAAUGCUGAUUUGUGGCCACAAAUCCGCUGUGUCUUGCGUACAAGGCAAACGGCACCCAUGUGGCGUAUUGUACAGCGAGUCUGUCAUGCGCUUUCGCCUAUAUCAGACGUGUUUCUCAUGCUAAGCUGCUAGCCGGAUGCGUACCCAAAUGGGCUUAGUAUAUCUUGGCAAUCUCUUGCUGCAAUACACAGCUCAUUUGUGUACAGAAAUCCAGCAACACAAAUUGUCUAUAUCGAAUGUGGACUGGGGACUUUUUUUUUAACCAAUAUCUCCAACCGUCGAUGAGCAGCGUGAUGAACAUGUUGGCCGCAGGUGGAACAUAUUGUGAGGAAAAAUCCCCCCUCCCCAUAUCGAAAGCGAAAUUUGUGAUGCUGUAUUUGAGUACACAAAUCGCAUUUGUCUUGCUGGAGAGGACUGCAGACCCAUAUCUACCCUGAGUAGAGAGGCUUUGACUUAGGCGCUUAGCAUGAGAAGCGUCCGUGAUGUUGGCUUAACAGCAUGACAAACUGCCUCCAUAAUGGGACGGAAGCUGCUGCCCUUGUCUUCUUGCAACACAGACGUGAUUUGUGACCUCAAAUCAGCAACACAAAUCUGCGAAAGCCUACCUCUUCAAUUAUAUGGGGAGGGGGUAUUUUUCCUUGCGAUAGAACAGCAGAAUGAGUCACAGAAUUGUACCACCAGUAGCUGCAACAGUAACAACAGGCUCUUUUCAAUGAAAAACAAAAAUGCGGAGAAAUUAUAGAGGUUGACAAAUUCCUCGAAUCAUUAUAUUUUUCGCGGUUUAUUUUUACGAACAACCUGUAACUCAAAUACAAAUUCUUCACCCACACCUUCGUGCUUUAGUUUUUGCAUUACAAAUGCAGGCUCCUACGUUUAAGUAGUUUCCUUUUCGUUUAUAAUUUCCGUCGUGUUUAUUUGCCUGACAUCAAGAAAUUUGAUGGAGAUGAGGAUUUUUUUGUGGAUACCUGGGACCAGUCGUGCAGCAGAACUUGAACUAGUAGGGUAGCUCAAGAGAGUCUAUGUCCAUUCUGGCACGUGCGAUAAUUAUGCUCUCGCUUUGCAAGAACUUCCACACCAAUAGUUUGUGUUUGUAAGAAAUGAGUCCCAGUCUGAGCCUGCAUAACGACCAACCGGCGCUGCACCAGGAGGUUAUCCAAGCUGAAAUGAAAAUCGUGUUGUAGACGAUAUUUCUACAUAGCAAGUGGCCUUCGUUCAUCGAAAUGGAAAUUGUGAUGCAUACAGCACAAGAACACUCGACCACCGGUGAGUUGUCCCCUGAUCUUGAUUAUUUUUCUACCGUUUUGAUUUUGAAAAAGAUUUUUUUGAAGACGGACCUGGCAUCAUGAUGAUGCGAGAAGAGGACGUGGAGAUGAACGACAUCAAGUACCAGGAACAAUUUGGUCGAUGAGGUGACUACACACACAGCUUCCUUGUUUCAGUUUUAUGACGGUGCACAAUUACUCCUUCUCCCCCCCCAUGUAGUGCUGGUUGGUGUGGGAAAGCCUUGCAUCUUCAGCAUGACAGGGGGCAGCUGGAAGUGGGAAACAGCAUGACAAAUUGGCAGACUAUACUUACUUCUGUUUAUUUUUACGAACAACCUCCUGUAAUUCAAAUACAAAUUCUUCAUCUUCACCCACACCUUCGUGCUUUACUCCCAGAUACUUAAUUAGCGGCCCUUUCCUAAGUCCGGACAUUUCACUCCUUGUCACAUACCCAACGCCGAAGAAAAAAAAAAGAACUUGAUAUAAGUCGGAACGUGUCCAGGAGCUGCGUCUGCAGCUACUCGCUCUUGUGCAGCAGGCGCGCUCCCUUUAGUUCCGUACAACAAAAGAAGCAAGAGGCUUGUUUACAAGGAGCCUACACUUUAUCAGUGGCGUAGGCUUCUGAAGCAGCUUGCACAGGGAAAUAUCGCAACGGAAGAAGUAGAAACAGCCAGUCAAAGAAAGCUUUCGACAGCUCGGAAACUUUAGUCCCCGUCGGCUGCCACCCAAUUUGCGCGGGGAGUAUUGGGGCACGAAUUUCGAGUAAGCAGCCCUCUGAAACGCACCAAAGCAGUGCGCGCGUACUUAGACGUAGAAAAUAGGUGGGCAAGCAGCGUAGAUAGGUUGCAAUGCUCGGGGGCUCGCGGGAUAUACGGGCACUGUAAGCAAAAUAAAAAAAGCCCGGGUAGGAAAAAUGCAUUUUGCGUUUUUUCCUACCCGGGGUUUUUAUUUUCAAAACCCCGGGUAGGAAAUAUUUAUCCGCUGAUCUGCACGUCUGUGAGAGUGAUAACAGCUGAUAAACAUUUCCUACCCGGGGUUUUGAAAAUAAAAACCCCGGGUAGGAAAAAGUGCAAAACUCAUAUUUCCUACCCGGGCUUUUUAUUUUCAAAACCUCGUAUAACCCCUUCGAAAGUACAAACUCUUCAUCUUCACCCACACCUUCGUGCUUUAGUUUCUUAAAAAAACAAAAUCCACCCACUUUAGAUCAAUGCGCAGAGCCGCCGGAGCAAGACAGCCGGCGGCCUCGCGACCGGGGCCGGGGCACGGGGAGGAUUCGCGCCUUUUUUUGUUCGUGAAAGGUCGAGCGCAUGACUUUUUUCUUAGUUGUUGGAAGCUCGGGCUAAAAGCUCGCGCCACCGGGGGCAGACCAGGUGCAAGAGUCGUCCCUUUUUCCGUGAGGGGCCGAACUCAUGACCUUUCUAUCUUUUUUGGUUGGGCGCGGGCGCCCGAGCUAGCUGGUAUCGGUAUCGGUGCGCUUAUUCCGGUCGUGAUUCGCCGGGGGUUGCGCCGUGUGUUGUAACAGUAGGCCGACACCACCAGAGCAUCGACGCUACCUAGCCUGCGCCGCGUUGGCCAUACAAAAACCCCUUGAAUCCUAAAUCGGAAACAUCAAUCCGGAUGCCUCUAAAACGCUCAAUUAGCGGCAAACCCGGUAAUGCCUGUGAAUUCCAAAAACCCAUGACUCUCGCCGUGCAUCGAGCCCUAGUCGCGCUUCAUAAUGUCCGAGGAGAAUUGUCUCUGCAAAUUUGGCGAACCACGUUGGAAGCGAGCCACGCCCGUGUCGUGUUGAGAAGGUGAAACUUGAUUCCCGAAGUUGCAACGUGGGCCAAUGGAGACGGAGAUCAGCUGUACUUUUUCUUUCAAUCUCUUUCAUUAUAAUUAUCUUGUCGUGCCUGAAUUAGCAUUGGCCUCUCUGUAAGUACUUAGUCAUCAGGAGCUAAAUGCUUUAUGACUCUGCAGCGCGAUGUGUUACGGGUAUGACUUUGCAUGGUCGAGAACGAAGCUGCGCUAUAAACGUUGCCCCCGAAAACUUCUCCCAGGUGGUCGCGAUCCCGCCGAGUUCUGGAAGCGCAAGCAUGCGCGGCGACGUCGUGGGCCAAGGGCCGGAGCACAGGUCGAAUGUCCUGGGGCGGGCGGAAGACGCGUGUAAACAAAGGGCUUCCGAUGGAGGACUGGUGAAGUGUCUCAGGCAGUGAAAACAAAACGAAAAACGCUGUCUACGUACAAGAAAGACCUGUUCUCCAAAUAUGAAAGCGCUUGCGCAUCGCUGAGAAUGAUUGGACUAUGUACGACAAGCACAGGCGUUUUUACUUCUUCUCUCGCUCAAAUUUUGAGAAAGUUUGGAACGCAUCCUGGCAGGCACUUGCUGCGGAGCCUGUGGCCUUCUUCUCGCCAGCCGUCAGUGGUGCGUAGUGCUUGCACCGACUGGCCCGGCGCGCCGACGCUCCUGUUGUCUCGGAGCCGGUGCAAUGUUCAGCUGUGGGCCCGAUGGAAGAUCGUCUCCAAUCGUGUCAGACGUGUCUAAGUGCCUACGGUGAAACUUACUCGUGCUUUCUAGCAUGACAGAACGAGCUCGAGCACUGAUGAUUGGGCACGAGAGUAGGGGCGCAAAAGGGUAAAUAAAAGAUCACAGGAAAAGCCACUGCGCUGCUCUGUCGUGAAUGAAGAUCGUGAGUCACCACAAACGAAGAUCGUGGGGCAGCACAGACGCAAAUCGUGGGCAACAGAUGAUGAAAAUCGUUUUUCGCAAAUCGAGGGGCUCUCUAAUCGCAAGCAUGCUAUCAAUUGAAAUGAAAACGCUUAAAGCUCGCUGAAAUGAAAAUACAUCACUUGGAAUGAAAGCACUCAACUUGAAACGGAAAUACACUAAUUUUUUCGCAGUCGCGCGAAUUUUCGACUUCUUCACUUUACUUUGCAACCCGAAGACCGUCUUAUUCAUUUUAUAUUGCAACGCAAGGCCAAGACCUCUUUUUGAUAAAGCUUAGUAAGUCUCUCAGCACCCUUACGCCCUAUCUAUUUCGUCCAGCUACGAAUAAAUAUCCAUCGUCUAUCUGCAAACCCACACUACUUUACGCGACAUACUUCCACUCAGCGCUGUAAGUAAGAGCCUUCGUUGUAUAUAAUUUCUGUAGAGCCGCCAGUGCAGACACCGCGCCUCAUCAUGAACCAACUCCAGCCCCUCCAAGGCGCGCCGCAGGGUGCGGCUGUGGAUUGGCAGCAGGCGCUCCUGGCCGAAGUUGUCGCGGCCGUGCCGGCAGAGUAUAAAAAAAAGAGAACGCACACGUCGUACACCUUGCGGAACCGCCUGAAGUUUGGCCUUUUGGCUUUGCGACUGGAAGUAGCCGGCUGGGACUAUCAAAUGCAAAAGUGAUAUCUGGGUCUGGAAGAUUCUAAACUUGUGAUGCUGGAGGUGUCUCUGGAUUCGUAAAAGUAUUGCGCGACAAGCAAGAAAAGUAGAAUUUGUGCUCCGCGGAGAUGGCAUUUGUCAUGCGGAGGAAGCGCUCUAAAAAGUAAGAACCUGUGAUGCUAGGCCAUGCAUUGCAGGCAUUAUGGAUCAUGCAAAACAAAUCUUGCAAUCUCCCAGACCCAAACACUUUUGCUUUUGAUAAGGACGACAUGCGAACAAUUCGCGACGUUUUGACGACCAAGGAAAAGCACCGAACAGAGAAGGUCCUGAAGAUGAUGUCCCGCGGGAAGGAGAUGGCUUUGGAGGUUUUCCUCCCACAGCAAAUCGCCGAAGCCUGGAAAAUAUGGAUUGCAAAAAUGUCUGGGUCUGGAAAGUUGGAACUUGUGAUGCUGCGUUUGGAUUCUAAAACAAUCUGUAUUGCAUGAGCAGCAAAGAGAAUAAAAAAAAUUUUGCUACAAGGAAAGAGCAUUUGUCAUGCGGUAUAGGCAUCAAGAAGUCCUCACAAAAUCUGUGAUGCUAGGGCAUGCAUCACAGACAUCAGGAGUCCUGCAAAAUGCGCAUGACAGACCUUGGAUCCUUCCAGACCCAGACAUUCUUCCAUUUGAUAGAGAAAUCUCGGUGACCUCGACUCGUUUCUAUGAAAGCGGGGAAGGCUUCGGAGGGUAAGUAGGUCUAGGCACUCAGCGAGCUUCAAGAUUUUUCAUCAUAGUGGUAGUUAUAGUAAGUCGCCGCAUUUACCUUGGUAGGGUAAGUAAGAGUGGCCCUGUCCUCCACGCCAACACUUACCUGCUUACCCUCGAGCCUUUCUGAUUGAUAGCGGCUCUUGAAGCAUUAUUCUUCGAAGGAGCUGGAUCGGUUACGGGAUGUGGGGGCCGGGCCGAAGGUCGUUGUGCCUGAAAUACGGGAGUCCGUAUAUGAAAUGUUCAUCGAGUAGAGCAGGGAAAACAAAACGCACACCCGGCGCGGGCAUUUCGGCCCCCGGCUGGGGGCUUCUGGGCUCGGCGCUGAAUCGCCUGCAGAAGCAGGGUUCAAACUCUUCGGAAGAAGUAAGAAGCGAAUAGUCUCUGAUUGCUGUUGGCAGCAAAGCUUUUGAGGCAGGGGCCGGGCGGCUGUGCCUGGUAAGAAGAGUCUUUAAGGCUGGGGCCGGGUGAACAAAAGCGCGCUCCCCCGCGCGAGUUGACGCCCAAAGGCCUGCGCCCGGGCCAUUGGCCUGUAGAAUUCAUGCUCUCCUGCAAAUGUUGCAUUUCCGCGCGGAUCGCACAUUUUCGCGCCUUUUGUUAUUUUGCGGACGGUUUUAGCGUUGCUGCGUAGCCUGGGCGCAGAUCAUCUAGAAACACACAUGGCAAAUAGGCCGAAGCUCGCGACAACGCAGCGUCAGAGAGGCGCCCUGAUAUCCGAGGGAGCCGCGGCUGCUGCGUCUGCGCAUAUUUUGCAUCGCGCAGCGGCCGCGUCCUAUUCCUUGGAGCCUUUCAGCGCCCGGAGCUUUGGAGUUGCGUUUAGUAUUGUCCUGGUAGCAUCCUUUCGGAAUGAGCACGAAAGGGUGCCAGGGCACAGCUCUGCGACCACUUAGCACCCUAAAGAAUCGCUGCUGUGGCGUUUGCGCAUUUUUUACUUUGUGCAGAGGCCGUUGCCCUUUUUCUGUAGUCGCUACGAUGUUUCUUUACUCUUUGGCGAAAGUUUUUUCAUCCUAUUUCGCCACCAUGGCUGGCCCGGGCAAGAUUCUCCUGCUUCGAGCAGUUGCUUGCUUCUCACAAAAGUGCUUGCGCUGUUGCUGAAAGUCCUCGUUGCUGGAUUUCUAUUGUUGCCUGCGCGCCACGAGAGAAGGUAAUAAAUUAAUCAGCGCAUGGCUGCGCUCAGUCGUGACCUUGUAGACAUUGGGUAUUUGAAAGGCGCGCUGCUGCUACAAGUGCGCGUGGUUUUGUUUAUGCAGCGGCCGUUGCCUCUUUUCUGUAGCCGCUCUGGCCGGUUUUUUUGCUCUGUCUUCGGCGUGUCCAACAUCUAGCGCAGGCACCGUGCCCUUGGGUGCCCAUUGUGGGUCGGGUUUUGCGACGCGCAGUCCACGCAAAUUGGCGUAGGAGGUGCGACUGUCGAGGGUAGGAGUGGGAACUCUCUGUUCUAGUAAUUCAAGACAAAGCGGCGCGGCCAAUGAAUUACAGAAAAAGGCACGGCUGCUUCAUUUGCGCACUUUUUCCACUGCACCUUGGCCGGCGCCUCCUUUCCGUAACGUGUCCCCUAGCAGUUUGCUUCCAAUGUUGUUUCUCGUAAGUGUUGGACCGCGCUAGUUCUCAGUAGCCUUGCCGAGCAAAUUUCUCUUGGUGCUAGAACUGGGCGUGGUUCUCUUUCCGUGAAAUACCUUGGCUUCGCAAGAAGCAGACUGCCCUCAGUCCCCUUGUUGAUGCUUGCUUGGGAUGUGAACUGAAAUUGUUUCCAUCAUCCGGGGAGAGAAGCUGCUGGCGCUGCCCUGUGAUUGAAAAGGAGAAGCCUCAGCCAUGAGCGCCCCCAUUGAGGGAGUAGAAGCGGGGCUGUAAGCACCCCCGUCCGCAAGUCAGUAGCAACACGUCCGGGGCCCCCUUCAAUGCGAACUCUCACCCAGGGGCUCCUCGGGCUUGAAGAGUUGCGAACCAGGGGACGCCUCUUUCCUACGCAGAAACACAGCGCAUUCACUUACUUACAGGCCAGGGGGCGCGUGUAAUGCAAGGCACUCACUUACAGCUAAACUGCUUUUUGCAUACCGUAUGCAGAAAGCAUUUCGUCUGUAAUUAGGUCGUGCAUCGUCCAGCCAAUGUUCAUGUUGGCAGAAGCAGCACGUAUCAUCCUGCCACUGGUGAGACGGAAAACGAUUUACAGAGGGUCUUGGGUGGGAGCUGGAGCCUCAACUUCCGCACCUUUCAAAGUUGCGAAAGCCCCCGCUCGCGGGAGACACAAAAACAGACUGAGUGUCACUGUAGUAACGUCGUGUAAUUGCGGUCACACGGCGGCACCAUUGUGGCACUCAGUUUUCUUGUUCUCCCGCGCGCGGCCACGGGAACUUUUCCGACUUAAAGUCAGAAAAGUUCCAGCUCCCGCUUGCGGGAGGAAGGAGAAAGUCGGUUUCACCGUAGUGCCGUCGUGCAAAUGCGGCCACACGGCGGUGCGCUGGCAUUCAGUUUUUUCUCUCUCGAGAGAGAAUUUAGGAAUAGGAACCAGCUGCGCCACACCAGGGGAUCAUGUGCGCCAGCACCCUAUGGAAGCUGCGCAUCAAAGCCGCAAAUGUUGCGUUUGCGGAUUGGAUGUAAGCUCUCGAGGGACUGCAAAUUGUCAAGGGGCAUUGCGAUAAGUAGUUCAGGGUCGAUGGCGAGACCAAAGGGCCCCGAGCCUCCUUGGAGGGCCGACCGGGUGCGCAGUUUUGUUUUCCGCUGCAUAGCGCAUUGCGGUUCGCGAGGGCGAAGGUCAGUUCGAAUCUAUUAAUCACAUUGGGCGAGGCCUUCCGCAAGCAGUACGAACGGGACAACACCACGACCGUGAUCGAUCCGGAAACCGGCAAGGAGACGAAAGUGCUGCCGAAGACGCCGAAGAUCAACUGGGACUGGGUGCGGAGGUUUAUGGUGGCCUAUGACCUCUCGCUUCGCGUGCCGAAUACCAGGCCGAAGCUCAGCCCCUACAAUCGAAAGGCGCGGAUGGGGUCGAGCUGGCUCGCGAGUUGGGGGGUCAUUCACGCCCUGGAUUGCCUCGGGUGGGCGUGCGAGCUGGUCAACGUGGACGAGAAGCCGUGCCUAUCCUCCGGAAGAAUUUGCCGCGCCCGCCCGAUGAUUGAAUGUCCUCAGGUGCUUUGUCAUGUUGUUUGCGUGACGAAAGUGGCGCUGUCUGUGUGUCUGAUGAAUAGAAGCAAGCACACCUGCAGGCUAGACAGACGCGCGCUAGAAUGUGACCUGGUAGAAAUUGCAUGACAGUAGUGACAGCCUGCAUGACAGUAGUGGCGCAAUAGUUGCAGGCUAUUGCUGGGCGGCCAUCUGCGUGCGCGGCCACUUCUUCCUUCUAUAGCCUUGGAUGAACAUGACUUCCACGAAGAAGUGCAUAUCCUUCAAGGGCGAGGACCGGGUGGAGGUCAUUGACAACCACAAUCAGUCACGUGCCAGGUGCGCUCUUUUUUGAUUUUGACUUUAUUUCGCACCCCAGUCUCGUCCGUUUGUUUUGGUUUUUGUCCAUCGCAAUGCAGUCUAGUUUUACCUACAGCUGCGUCCGGAUAAACAUACAUAUGAACUCCCUUCACCAAGCGAAGUCCAGAAGCAAGAAAUGUUUCGAAAUACAUACGAACCCCCGCCCUCAGGUUUACCGUCUUAACGAUGUGCUGCUCGAAUCAACGGGCGGACGGCCCACCUCCGCCCAUCGAGUUGGUGUUUAGAGCUACGGAAGACGGACAAGUGCAGCAGAAGUUGGACGAGAUCGAGAAGCCCGACUGGAUGAAAUUGCUUACAGCCCCGAAGGGUUCGUACAGCGCGGAAUUGUUCGACGAGUCAAUCAAGCGGAUUGCUUUCCGUAACCGGAAACAGAACAAGGUGACUGUGCUGUUUUUCGAUCACUUUUCUGGCCACAAGAUCCCGCCGCCACACGUAUGCGGGGCCCUUUGGGUCAUCUGUAUUUUCAUUGGUGCCUGCUGCACCGAUUCCAUCCAGGUAUAGUAUAGUGCGAGUUUUUUCAUUCCCAGGCUUUUAAGUUUCUAAGAGUUUUGCUCCUAAGUAAGCCGCCCAGAUUUUCUACUUCUAGAGCGAUGAAGUCAAAGGGCGCCGCAGUACUCAGACUGCUUGACACGCAAGCGCAUUGCUACACUGGUUAGACUUCAAAUGAAAUCAAUGGCGUCCGCUAAUCAACUUCAAAUGCGGUCAAUGGCUUCAAAUGAAAUCAACUUCAAACGAAAUCAACUUCAAACGAAAUCAACAGAUGCUUGAUACGCAUGUUCAUCGCGCUCUGCAGAAUACCCUCCGGGAGAUCGAGAUAACCACCGACGCCGCGCAGAUUCUGCAGCGAUUCAGGGAAGGCGGUGGCUUUCGCAUGACUAUCACAACGCGGAAGGCUGCGGUUGAGAGGGUACGGAGAGCGUGGCUGCAGUUGCCGCAUGCAGAGUACACCAAGUCCUUCCGUGACAACGGGUUUAUUCCAGAUGCGGACCCCGAGCAAAUCCAACGAGCAAUUCGCGACGACUGGACUAGCUUGAAGGAGAAAAACAUGAAGUCGAUGCUCGACCGGGCCAAAGGUGUCGCUGCGAAGUAUUCGCAUUUGCAGCUGCCGUAUCCGCGGCAAACGAAAAUCGCUGGGCGUAUCUGGCUAGGAAUUGCAAAAGCAUCCCACUAGUAUAAAUUGCAUCACAAACGAUUUUCUCAGCAUGAAGAAUUGAGUUUGUCAGUAGGUAUUGCCAACUUGGAGAGGAAAUUUCUUAUGCAUGCCUGCAAUUAGUGCGAGCACUUCCUUUUUGUAUGGCAGCAGGUUGCUCUUUAGUUUUUCUUGCAUCACAGACGCGGGCUGCGCUCUGGCCUACCUAGCAUUCUCGACGAGGAAAGUUCGUGCAUUUAAGCCUGCUGAUUGACUUUUCGGUUCUGCAGGGUAUCCCCAGGCCUUUUUUCGUCCCAUAAGCGAACCAGUGCGGCGAUUCAGGACAUCCGCAGCACAAUCAUCACGCCGGACUUGCAGCGGAUUGGCGACCCGGGGACCGACUUCGAAGGGCUUGAGCAGAUGUUUUGGAAAGACUGGCAUCCUGAUGGAGCAUCCGGCUUCAUGAAUGGCGACGACCAGGAUUUGGACGAGCACCCAGACAGCGAUGUAGAGCAGGGUGGAAACAGGAAGAAGUCGCCAGUGGCUGAUCCGAAAAAGAAGGCCGCCAUAUCGAAGAAGAGGCAAGAGCUUAUCAAGAUCGCACGCGGUUCGGGGCUCGUCACAAAUCGCGAAGGGGUUGGCGAGGUGAUGCAGGACGGUCGAAAGGUAGCAGACAUGAGCCAAAAACAGCUGAUGGAGUCCUAUGCUGCCCACGCGGCCGGGCUAGGGGAGUUUGGGACGCGGGACCGAACGGCUAGGCGGCUUGAGAUCGUGAAGGCGCGGGAGGAUGAAAAUGGGGCCCCAAAGAAGAGUUUAUACGAACGCUUUAACGAGAAAACAGUCAGCUCGACGGACUUCGAGGAGGAGAUGAAGGAACAGGCGAAAAAAGCUAAAAUCGACCAGACGCAUAUUAAGUUCGCGCGGGCGGCCCAGCAGUUUCUGGAGAAAGACAGCAAACGACCAGAGCCUGCGAAAGACCUUGCCUUGUUUCAGCCUGACAGCAUGCGGAACGCCGCACACGCGAAAUUCGCAAUCCAGGCUGCUUUUUGCUGCGACGACAAGAAAGCCCGCUUGAUCCAUGAAUAUUGCACCCUGAAAAACGUUAUGCUUUGCAUAUGUGCUUGCGCGUUGGCCUGAGCGCCGUCACAAAUCGCAUGACAGAUUGCGACUGUGCUUGGUAAAUUGCAUGACAGAUCAUGGCUGUGCUCCGUAGAUCGCAUGACAGAUUGCAGCUGUGGCUGGUAAAUCGCAUGACAAAUUGCCGGAGCCCGCAUGGUCCGGGGCCCGCAUAAAACACGCACUGUGUCGCAGCGGAUGUCGCGUGACAAAUCUCAGCUCCCCAGGAGCAGGCACAUUUGCAAAGCACACUCGCGAAAACAGCCCCGGAGCACCCAGCUCACUGCAUGUUUCUGCAGCGAAAGUUGCAGGGCAAGGAGAGCGAGGGCAUCGGCCACCUCAUUGCAGCCAUUGUGAACAGGGUCCAGUUCAGUAUCCUGUGCAACAGUAUCGCUCUCGUAGUAAUUGCAGUCAUGCAUUGCAAAUUUUCCUCCUAACGUAAAUCCGCAUAACAAAUUCUAUUUCGCAGGCUGAGGAAAUCCGCAUGACAAAUUUUAUUUCGAGGAAAUUUGUAAUGCAUUUAUUACAAACGCGAUACAUUUUGCAAUGCAUAUCCAGACUGGUGGAACAACGAAAAAACGGCGUAGACAUGGCGACAUGGUUGACACACACAAUGGCGGCGGUUGAGCGGAACCUGACCACGCUAAGGGCCGAGAGGAAGAGAUACCUAGCGGAGGUAGCCGCGCAUAAGGCUAGGACGCCGGCUGAGCGGGCCUACCUACUGGAAAAAUUGGAGGCAGCGCGGGCCGAGGAGCAGCGCGUCCUGGCCGAGCAGGCACGCAAAAAGGAAAAGGAGAAGCAGGAAAACGAGCGCCGGAAUCAGCAGCUCCAAGCCCCGGGCGCCGCUAGUAGUAGUUCUUCGAAAGCAGGCCAGGGAGGCGCUGCUAGUAGUACUUCUUCGAGAGGAGACCAGCACGCAGGCGCUGCUAGUAGUACUUCUUCGAAAGCGGGCCACGUGGGCGCUGCUAGUAGUAGUUCUUCGAGAGCAAGCCAGCACGCGGGCGCUGCUAGUAGUAGUUCUUCAAGAGCAGGCAACGCGGGCGCUGCUAGUAGUAGUUCUUCGAGAGCAGCCCAGGCACAGCAGCGGCCCGCCCCUUCCAACAGCUUGCCAUCUUCUUCGGACCUUGCUCGCCGGCGGUGAUUGCAUUUGAUGGGGUGCUCGCAGCUGGAACGCACACUUCAGAAGCAUCUUUUUAUCACACUACACAAUUAUCUUUUUAUCGUUGCUCUCUCUACCUUCGCCUGUUACCACGAUAGAUGCAUACUCUCGAGCUCGCGCUUUGAUUUAUACUACUACUUGUUCCCACACCUACAAUAGCUUCGCUUUCUUGUCGAUUGUUAGCCACCCCCUUGGCGUCAGCCGUCAGCCGAAGUGUGGCAAGAUUGCUUUUUUGUUGCUCAUCCUGCACGCCUGGGGCCUGUUGGGCUCCAUUGCCCUGCCGUGUUCACCUAGGUAGCUGGCCCGCCCACGUAGCAAGCCGGAGACCCGGCCACCUAAGGGCGCGGGCUUCGCAGAGCCAGCGGGCAUCCGCUGGUCGGUGCGCCCCUCGGCGCCGACGUUUUGUCACAGAAGUGGGCCCCGGGCACUCCGUUAACGCGACCUAUGGGUACCCAUAGGUUGUGUUUAUCGUGAGCUGUUUUUGGACUUUUCGGUGUGCAGGCAAAAAGCCGAAAACAGGCUGCGAUAAACACGACCUAUGGGUACCCAUAGGUCUGGUUAACGGAGUGGCGCAGGGCCACUUCCUGGACACAACGUCGGCCUACGUCACGGGGAUGCUCCUUGAUCUACUUAACACGACCUUUGGCCAUGCAAAGGUCAUGUUAACCAUUUUUUUUUCCACGUAUAUGCAGGAAGUCCGGGCCCCAGCGCUUCAGUGCCUCCCGACGUGUGCAUGGGGGCACUGCGUUGGCAGACACUUUUUUCUUCCCCGCAGGAGCGGGAUCUGGAACAAAGUUUGAAAAGAUGUCGAAGGAGACAUCUUUUCAAAUUUUUGUCGAGCGGCCUCGAUCAGAGGUCGGCCUCGAUCAGGGGUCGGCCGCGAUCAGAGGUCGGCCGGCCUCGAUCAGAGGUCGGCCGCAAUCAGGGGUCACCUGUUGUCCGCCCCGAGGGCUCGUCAGUUUAUUUUGUAGAACUGAGCAGCACCAGCUUCGCCUUCGCGCGAUCCAAAUCGCGUGAAAGCGGGGGCAAGAGAUAACCCCCUACAUCUUGUAACCUUAUCGGGUUUAGGUAUCUUUCUGCUUUGCUGGUCGCGCCCGCGGGGUCAAGGGGGUUCAGUUACCAACGGGGUCAAGGGGGUUUAGUUAACUGCCAGUUUUGUUUUCCAUGCGGCCUUUCGCCUCGGGUGGCAAAGGCCGCAUGGAAUACAAAACUGGCAGUUUUGUCGAGCGGGAACUGGAACUUUGAUUUCAAAGCUCCAGUUCCCGCUCGACAAAACUGCCAGUUUUGUAUUCCAUGAGGUUUGAGUUUUCAGGCGGUUCCUUCUCGCCACCGAAAUGGUGGAGAAGGAGCCGCAUGGAAAUUAAAAAAGCAACGGUCUGGUGCCGCCGGUCGAGGAGAAUGGCGUGUAAAUUCGACCCGGCGCAGGGAUACAGUACCCGUUGAAGAGCAAAAUCCAAAAAGAGCGUCAUCAUUCCACACGUUUUGCAUUUCCGAUCGGCCUGCCCAAGCGGGAAGCAAUACUCACAAAUACUCAUUAUUCGAAAGAAUUUCAUCCAUGAGACGCUCCUUCUGCAAUACAAACCAAGAACCUCUUCACUCAUGAAAAGUCUCAAAAGCCUCCUCGUGCAAUACAAAUCAAGCAGUGCAGCCACGGUCGUGACUCCUUCUUCCGGCAAUACAAACCAAGAAGAAACUCAGCCACGCAAAGUUCCUCCGAGAAUCAAUACAAAUCAAGCAGCUCCUCAGCCAUAACUCGUUCCGUCGGCAAUGCAAACGAUCGAGAAAGAAGUUCAGCCGCGAACAGUUCCGCCUGGAAUCAAUAUAAAUCAAGCUCUCAGACAGGUCUUUCGAAAGAGAGAAGGAUCGAAAUCGUGGUCCGGCCGAGAAGGCGUCGCUGCGAUAGAAGCAGAUCUAUCACCGAUCCCCUUGGAAAUGGAGCGAACGGCGCAGGUAGCGCAUGGCAUGAGAAAGCCGACGUCGGUUCGUAUGACUGGUAUUGCGCGACCGUGGAAAAAAAACGCACGGACCAAGAAUGAUCCGCAAAUGCGCAUAAUAUGCGAUCCGAUUGACAUUUCAUCUGCGCCGGAAAUAGCAGAAGAGGCCUACGAUCCGAGGAGCGAAGCGACCUGGUGCGCAACAAAGCCAAAGCGCUCUUCUCCCCUGGUAAAAAACCAGCGACGUUCAUCUUCUUCAUCUUCCACUGCAAAAAGCCAGACCAUUCAGCUUCAGGAUUUUUUCCACACCUUCCACUGCAUAAAAAACAACUUCAACUUCUAUUCGCCGCAAAAUGUCCGACCAAGAGAUGAUGGAGAUGGAAACGCUCAUCAACGCCUCCGAAGCCGCCGGGGCGGAGGAGGAAAUGAUCGAGGACGAGCUUGGGGGUUGGUUGGUCCCUACGCCGAAGACCCGCGCUGCUCCGAAGGCGAAGGCCCGCGCUGGAAUCAACUUGAACCAAGCCGACUCGGCACUCUUGUCGACUUUACUCGGGCCGGAACAGGAGCAGGACCAAGAAUUGACCAGCCGCGAGGAGGAGAAUAUCAAGUUGAUGGGUUUUACUGCUGCGCGGAACGAGGAGCUGGGUACUUUUUCUUAGUUUUUCGUAUUUUAGUUUUUGUUUUUCUAAUAUGCAAAAAAGUCCAUUUGUUUGUGUGUUGAGUAAAGUUGAGUGAGCCUACCUCUAUUGCCAAUAUAUGUGAGUUAACAAUUUGCUUUCAAGUGCGAAAGAGUCUCGGUCUGGAAGGAUGCGAACUUGUGAUGUGUGUCGCGGAUCAUGCAACAAUCUGUGUUGCAUGACUUGCAAAGGGUCCCCAUUUCUCGCCAUGUUGAGAGGGCAUUUCUCAUGCACAGGGGCUGCAGAAGCUGUGACGCUAGAGCGUGCGUUCCAGACUUGCUGGAGCUUGGAAAAACUGCAUGACAAAUCUCGGAAUCUUCCAGACAGAGACCCAGAAGCUGUUGUAUUUGUCGAAAAGAUUCUCAAUUUGUCCAACACCAAACCCAUUAAAAUUUCCUAGGUUUAAUUGUGGGGCAGAUCGAAAACUUGUACCACUCCGAGGCAGAAGACGAGAUAUGCGGAGCUACGGGAGUGAUACCCAGGAAAAAACACCCAAUCCCGUCCAUUUUUUGCAUGAUAUUUACACCCAACCCCCAGCCUAUUUACCAACUUACAGCAUUACGGCGGAUCCCAUGAAAACCCGUGGCCUAUUUACCAACUUACAGCAUUGUAGGUUGGCAAAUAGGGCGGGGGUGUCAUGCAAAAAAUGGACGGGAUUGGGUGUUUCUUCCUGGAUGCAGGGUUCUCAAGGUGAAUGUUCUCUACAAACCACGCCGGUUUGUUGAGCAGACCGAACACACCAACGGGCCCCCCACCAGCGUACUUCAGCUGCUGCGUUCAUGUGUUUCCCCCUACUUAGGUUCUCUUUUUUCUUGCUCUGUGGGCCUGCGCCUUGCCAUCUUCUGAAAAUGCCUCAAGUGAACAAGCAUCUACCUAACAAACAGCAACGCAUCCUGAAGAUGGCCUUCAAUAUGGACCCGAACACGGUGCGGGUGACCAUGAUCAAGAACGGCAAAUGGUCGAAAACGGCGGGGAUUUUUGCUAUUUACGAGCUUCUAUCCUGUGCAAAAGUGCCGCACUAGUAUAAAUUGCGUCUCUCUCAUCUCAACGUAAAUCAGCAUUACAAACUCAAACUCCGUUGCGUUUAUCUUUCUCAAGGUCAAUCAGCAUUACAAGUUCAAGUUUGUAGCUCUGGGCUAAUUUGUAAUGCAAUUCAUUGCGUUUAUGCAUUACAAAUCUCGCUCUCGUCAUCGUAAAUCACGCAUUUAUGAAUUGCAAGUCUCUCUCUCGUCGUAAAUCAGCAUUACAAAUUCAAAUUUGUAAUUCUGCGUUAAUUUGUAAUGCAAUUUAUACUAGUGCAAUGGUUUUGCAGUGCAUAGCUUCUGCUGCGGGGAAAACUGCGCUUCGACCAGAAUGGGGCGUUGGAAGUCGGUGAGGGAGAGAAUUGCUUCAAGGAAAAGGACUACAAGAGGCUGGCGCGCGAAGGCAUUUUCGUGGCCGUCGACGAGGUCGACGACCUGAUGGGCUUGAUCAACAAUCUGGAGAAGUUGAAGGUGUACUCCUUCGAGGCGGCCGACCUCAUUUUAAUCUGCAAAGGUGACGAUCGAUGAUGAUGAUGAUGAUGAUGAUGAUUUUGCUACCCAGAAGGCCAACACGUCUGCUCAUGCGAUGACGCAAGUGGUUCCUUUUUUCGAGAGAAGACAGAAGAUCGUGCUGAGGCAGUAUAUAAUGCACUUAUCUAUUUGAAUUCAUAUUUUCAGCGUGGGAAGCGAUCCGGAAGAAGUGCGAGGACGGAGGGGGCUUGUACGGUGCCCAAAUUGUGCUCCUCAAAUUCCUGUACUUUGGAUUAGUUUUUGAUUUCUCUAUCUGAUUGUCCUCGCCCCAUGUUGUUCGUCGGUGCCUUCCCUCCGAGAUGAGAGAGUUGCUAGUGCAGAACUCCACUUCAAUUCGCACACAGGGACCAAUACAAGGCGUUGACCAACACCGGAUAUGAGUUCACGACGACCACCGCCCCGCAGUACCAAUCGAUCGCAAACAUGAUCGCCCAGGUAUAAGAUUAGCUAUUGGAGCAUUGCAAACCCCUUGUAGAGUGACACUUUUGGUAAAGCGUUGGUCAUCGGCCGAGCUGAAGCAUGACAAAGUAGCUAAGUCUUCGCGUGACGAGUGCGCUCAGCAUGACAAACGCAGUAAAGUCACCUGGUUCAGAGUGCGUUUGGAGACUCGUCAUCAUUUCCGCUCAGAAUGCCAUCUGUAAAUACUCAUCAGGAAGGAGACAACAAGGCCAACGGGUUUGCGGACUGGUAAGGAGGGCGCAUACUUAGAGUUUUUUUAUUGGGGCCGAUCGUAAGUGGCUGUUUCUGGUCGAUUAAGUACUUCGUCCUGUUGCUUUCGAAAAGAGAAUAUCCACGCCUCUGCUCCAAUCAAUCGCACAGCAUCCGUGCGGCCAACCGGAAGCUCGACGUGCCGACGGAUUCCGUCCUGAACCAGCUGGGCUUCCUGUAUCAGCUUGCGGUGGAUUGUCGUCAGUCGGGGAUUAAGAAGGUAUUAUGGACUUUCUAGGAGUUCCGAGGCCCCAUGUCUGGUUUUUACAGUAGUGGCGUUCUUGAGGGCGUGUUGAUGAUUUUGGUUCUUGUUGUUCAUCUCAAACUAACACUUUUCAACGCGCAAUCAAAAACCCAACAGCGCACGCUCGACUGGUUGCUGGUCUGCCCCUGGCACCAGCACAGCCUGUACCACAAAAAGUGCCAGAAGUUCAAGCAGACCGACGCCGCAACUUACAUGAAAGACCGGAACGCUUUUUUCGCGCACCAAGUCAUCGGGGAGACGUUGGACGGGGCGGAGUACACCAAGGCCGUGUACAACAAGCGCUACGACGUCGGGAAGCACCUGAAGACUAUGGUAGAGAAAAAUGCAGGGGUGGUAUAUUUGUAAUGCAAAUACGCGAAAUGCGGACGGAUCUGUUAUGCAACUCUGGGGCUCGACUAUGUUAUGCGAAAGGAAGACGGACUUGCUAUGCAAAGUGAAUCAUGGAUCUGCCACCCGCCCGUAUUUUUCCGUGUGAUGAUGAUGCUGGAAGAAGAGCAGUGCGAGUCGUGGGAUGCGCCGGUGAUGAAAGACAUUUUCCCCAACAAAAACGAAGACGACUACCUGCAGUUCAUCUGGGCCAAAUAUCAGUACAACCGGGGAAAGUUCAAGACCGCGCUCAUCAAGUACUGCGAGGACAACAACUUGAUAAGCAACGCAAUCUUUCCGGAACGCCAGGCAAAAAUGUUUCUCAAGAAGAGGGCGUCUUCCGUGGCGGAUGCCUGGUUCCAGGCCCCCCCGCCGGAAGAGGAGCUGGCUCUGUUGCGGCAGCAGGAUGACGAUGCCGGGGACGCCGGUCCCGCGGAGGAAGAUAAGGAAAGCGACAAAACGGGGAAAUUGGACCCGGCGGACUGGUAUUGGGCGAACAAGUGCGCUCUUCCGCCGAAGAAGAUCAAAAUCGUCGACAAUUUCGGCCAGGACUAUGAUGACCCGGAUUUUGCCGAGCCGCACCAGGACCACAACCGCAACAAAAUCGAUCCGCUGGUCACGCCAGAUGAAACCGUACAGCUUUUUUAGAAAUGAAGCGCCCGUGCCUGCUGCUACUUACCUGCUCUGCUAUUUCAACAACUCUUCUAGUUUUUCACGGGCAAGAGCGCAAGUCCCAGUUUUUCCAACUAGUAAGUAUUUCUCGUGCCUCCGCUGAGAAUGAUGUUGCGAGUCCAAAGCGAAGCCCUUGCUCUUAAAAUUUAAAAACAGCCCCUGCACAUCGUGGACGUCAACACGCUAUGCAUUGCAAAAGUACCGCGCUCGUAUAUAUGCAUUACAAAUUUCCUCAGCAUGAGACUUUUGUAAUGCUGAAGAUUUGCCUCAUAGUUACAUUUGUAAUACUGAUUCUCCUUAAGACAAAGAUUUGUAAUGCAUGAUUUGCAGUGCUGAUUUGUAAUGCUGAUUUGUAAUGCAAGUGCUGAUUUGUAAUGCAAGUGCUGAUUUGUAAUGCAUGGCUUGCAUUCAUACGAGUGCGAUACUUUUGCAGGGGAUACACGUUGAGCGUGCUGAACGACAGGGGCAUCGGUGGGAAAUUUCCCUUCAAGGUGAAAUACUCCGGGGGUGCACAAGAUAUGGUGAAAGAGACGGCGAAGCUGAUCAAGAAAUACUCUGACAGCCACUUCUACAUCUUCUUGGGUGGGACGGAUGAGCAGGCGCUGAAGGACUUCAAAGAUGGCAUGGGGGCGGCCCUCGUCCGCGAGAUCGACUUGGUUCCGAUCAAGACGGACGAAGAGAACAACCAAUACGCAUGGCAACAGUCCGCGUAACUCAUCGCGCCCGCGCAGGGGCGGAGUUUUCUGCAGAAAGGGUUCGCGCACUAGAGAACUAAAAAGGCACGCUCCUUUUUCCCUUUUGGAAAUAAAGACGCAACCCCAAUCCCCCGCUGCGAUCCCUACUAUCUAGCGUGAUGAUUUACUUUCUUUGUUGUGCAUAUCUACCACCACGAUGCGGUCUUCAUCGAGAAGGCGCUGACGAAUAUCCCGAAGAUGCCGAGGAAUUUGUAUUACCCCCCGAUCCCGAAGGAUAUGGAGUUCUCAGACGUUUACUUUGGCAUCUUGUUUGUAAUGCAAAUUUAGUCUGUCAUGCAAGUCGAGUCUGCAUCUUGGGCCACAGCCAACAAGUAGUCGCUUUCGCGCAGACCGGGUUUCUAAAUAAUGCAAAGAAAACAGACCACAGCCAGGUCCCCACUUUUAUCGCUCCUCCUCUUGCGUCGCCUACUCGUGAAAGGUGCUUAGCGGCUGAGAACUCCAUAUAGGAAUCAAGGCGCCACCAUGCCGGGCCGAUCGCAAACCUGCGAGCGGAAGAAGAGAAGCAGGGCUUCGUGCGGAAACAGGGCGUGAAGUCGACGUCCGUGAAGGUCGACGAUGAACAGGACGGUACUUAUUUAUAUGGAGAUAUAAUUUCAAACUCCCCUUUGGGGUUUUGCUUUCUAUAUACGGGGAUCUACUCAAGCUCCAUUUUGGUUUUGCAUUGCAAUAUAUGAAGUUCUACUUUUUCGCUUUGUAGUUCUCGCUCCUUUAUUCUAUUCGUGUUCGCCCUCACGUACAUGAGUUCAUGCGCUCCCGAUUUGAAGGGGAGUUUUUGUAGGAUUGAUUGAUGCAGCCUGAACCCCAAACACAGAUGGCUGGAAGGCCGAAAUGAAGCCGAAGCGCGUUCCGAAGGAUGAGGACAUUUGCUACCGGCGGCACAAGCCGGACAAAUUCUGGAAGCAGGUCGCAGACCUCGCUGGGUGCACUGUCGUGGUUGGCCACUACAUGGACGGCCAGCGGGCGGCCCUGUACAAAAUGGACCGGAAAAAGUACUUACUUGCGUUUUGCCCUCCUCUUUUCACUGACAGUAGCUACUUCCUUCUGUUUUUGCAGACAGACAGAGCAGUGCCAUUUUUUAUCAGACAGCCCGUUAUUGCUUCUGCAAGAAACGCCAAAUCGCUCGACAUACAGGUACUACGGCAUGGCGAUGACGGCGGCCCACAAAAGGUACCACCUGGGUCAGUUCAAGUUCCACUCUUUGCGGCUCGAGGUGACUGGAGACAUCUUCGGGCUGCACAACCUCACCGCGCUGCAGAAAGGGUACUACGAGUACUACGAGGAGAACCCGAAGAAGAGAAACCUGUACCACAUGCAAGUCGUAUUCUUAGACGAGCAGUUAACGCCGGCGCAGCUGCAGCUGAAGAAACAGGGCAAGUUGGUGACUCCGGAGACCCGGCGUGCCCCCGGAUCCGGUCCGUUUGACAGGCCGGGCAGCGAAUUCAUGCAAGCGAUUCGCAACACCAAGUCGGGCCGUGAGGGUGGGAUCAAGCGGAAGGCCGAGGAGGGUAGCACCGGGAAACCAAAAGCGAAGGCGAAAGCUGGGGCCAAGAAGACGACGCAGAUGGAUUUGUUGAGUCUGGCUGGUACUUAAGCUCCUCGCAUUACCUCCGAGCAGAAGCACUUCCUUGAAAAAUAAACAUCGCUUUAGUGCUUUAGAGCUGAAGCUGCUCCUUAUUUUGAAUUUCGACUUUAUAGCGACGACCUUAGGCGUCUAGAGUGACAGUGCGAACCUAGAGGCUUGCGCCCUGCGUGACAGGGCGCAGCUACUCAAUGAAAACGCACACGACGCGACGCUCUUCGGUCGGUUGCUUCCAUCCUUCAGCUCUUACUAUGGCCCGCACAAGCCCUGGCACCCCGGAGGCUUGAGCGGUAGCGAAAUUGUGCUCAUUCACCCACAGAAGGGCUACAGUCGUCACUCUGACUGCGUCGCGCGUAAGUAGAUAGCAGCUGCUCUGUGUUGGAUUCCUCGAUCGAGAUUCUGCUUCUCAAUAUACUCACAGGUUCCCUGAGCGGUGGUGCUAAUCAGCCGUCGACGGGCCACGAAGAAGAGGAGAAUCUUUUCCCGUCCCUGGGUGGGGCCUCUAGCUCCAGCAGCUUUGGCCCAAACUGACUUUAUUUUUUUUAUAGAAAUGAGAAGACUUCCUUCGGCAAGCAACGGCUUUCAAAAUUAGCUUCCCCGACUUUUUUUUACUUAGCAAGGCCAGGAAGGAAGUAAGUAUCUUAGACAUGGCGCGACAAGAAAAACGAGGCAAGAACUCCUUCAGUCUUUUGUUCAUAGUCGGUAUGCUAAUCUUCAGUCGCUGCCCAGUAGGAAUCCAAACGUGAAGAAGUACGAAAGAACGCGCUUUGUUCUACAGUCUUAUGAUAGGCACUACAUAUGUACGGUCGAUAAUGAAGGUUCUCAUCUCCAUUUCUGUGAAUUCCGCGCCGCGGACUGCGCAGAAAAGUGGAGCACAAAUAUAUAGAGUCACAAACCCAAAGUCGUUUUUUGACAUGCAAAAAAUCACACUUCAGUACCACACCACCACUUCUUCGCACGCUUUGUUUGGGUUUCCCUGUGCCUCGCCAGGAAAGCACAAGCAGGGCGUGGACAUCUACACUGCAACGUGCUUUCUAUCUCAGAAGUAAUUUCAUCUAGAUAAGAAAUCCAGAACUCGCGCGGAAUACUUAGUGGCACACAGGCGCGCUCGACAUUGCCACGCCGUGAUUUAUCGAGCUCGCGCAGCGAAUAUUCGGAGCGGGACACUUCAAUGGCCAUUACUUUUAUCAAUGCUUCCACCUAUAAAAAGUAAAAGACCGCGCUCGGUGGAAAUUGUAACUCUACGUUGAAAAUGAUUGAAGAGAGUGACUGUCUUCGCGUGAAAGAUGUAUUUUCAGACAGUCGAAGGUCGCCGUGUUGCAGCUUCGGAACUGCCGUGGCCUGUUCUGCCUCACUGGCGGGCGCGAGCCUCAAGGAGCUUUCCCGCGGGCAGUCUGUGCAUCCCGGGUGCCAGCACAGCCCCGCGCUUUGUGUAAGAACGAAGAGUGCGCAGCUUUAAAGCCGCGGGAUCGGUUCGUUCUUUUUUUCGAUGUAGGUAAAGAUCAUGAAGUCGUCGCGCAGGUCGUAGAGCGUCGUGGCCGAUCGUCAAGCAAGUCGCGCUAAACUCGUACGCGCAAAGAAGCUCGCGCCGAAAAGUGCGAAACCUUCGCAGGCACGGAUUCGCACCCAGAAGCCCCUUGCUCAUCGCAACAGGCCGGCAGCGGGUCCUAGAUCGUUUUCGCUGCGUUUGUGUUCUUAAGAUGCGCCGCGCUGAUUUUCGUCUGAACGAGAGAUCGCGCAAGCCUUUGAGCGAGAAAUCCUGAAGUUUUUGAGCGAGAAAUCAUGGAAGGGUGGAUCCUCACAGAGUAACCGGGUCUGCCGCUUAUUGCCUUACUCAAAGUAAACCCUGAACCCUUUGCGACCAGACGCCCACGCGGAGUACUCCCAUGAGCUAGCUGACGGCCCCCGCUGCGUGACCGGGUCCGGAGCGUGGGCAAGAGAGGCGCUGCUCCAGUGAAGUGCAACGCCCAUGACCUUUUUUUUCUUCGCUGCCCGGGUGCGCGCAGCGCGCUUCCCGGCGGCCACCACCUCCGACCGCCACGACCUACUGACCCCCGGUCACGUGGCGUCCGGCCGGCCGGACGGACGUGUCCCGCCCGGUCGCGUCUUGGCUCCUUGUUACCUUGCAAUAAUUUUUAGGGCAGGGGACCUAAGGCCCACCCAGCUGGGUGGGUCGAAGGUCCCCUGAGGACCUAAGCGGACAUUUUGUGGCCCUCUUCUAAUUCAAAUACAAAUUCUUCAUCUUCACCCACACCUUCGUGCUUUAGUUUCUGAAACUAAACUCAGCCCAUGCGGCCAAAGAAGUUGCGGCGCAGCCGCUGUUCGCGUAAAUAUUCGCCGUAGAGCCGCCCCCCACCUCUCGCACUGCCCGACGGAAUUCGGGCGAUCUUGGGCUGAGUUUUUGUCUAUUCAUGUUUGAGGCCAAUAGGCGGCUUUUGUGCUUGUGACACAUUUUCGCUGCGUGUUUUGCCGGCCUCUUUCCUAUUCUGGAGUGCUCUUCUCGUCGCGCGCUCCCUAUGGCAGGCAGAGGCGACGGCCCCGACGGGAUUCCAUCUGUCUCCCGAUAUUGAUCUAGGGCGAAAAGUGUGGUGGGGUUGUCGGUUUUUGUGGUUAGUCCUGGCUAGCGGUCCCCAAUCCUACCAGGGUGACACUCUUGGGCUCUUUCCGCAGCAGAUGAGAGGAGACUUCAUGUGGGCAGAGGCAAAGGCUUGGGCGAGAAUUGGGAUAGGAUUUUGCGUGAGUUGAAAAGAAGUUAGAAAUGAGUUGGGAAAGAGUUGAAAAUAAGUUAGAAAUGAGUUGGGAAGGAGUUGGAAAUGAGUUAGACGUACUUAGUAUCCACGUUUUGAACUCUUUCCUAACUCCUUUCCAACCCUUUCCCAACUCCUUUUUGAAAUUCAAAAGGAGGGUUGGGAUUUUGCAUGAAUUCAAAAGGAGGGUUGGGAUUUUGCAUGAAUUCAAAAGGAGGGUUGGGAUUUUGCAUGAAUUCAAAAGGAGGGUUGGGAUUUUGGGCAAAUUCAAAAGGAGGGUUGGGAUUUAGGACGAAUUCAAAACGUGGGCUGGGAAUUUGGGUGAAUUCAGAAUGAGGGUUGGACAGGCCCGCCCUGGCAAGCGGAUCUGGCCUGCAAAAUUGGCGGGCGCGCCUUCGGCGCGCGGAGGAGUUCGUCUUUGUUCCUCUUUCGUUUUGCUCCGGGAGAUGACUUGUCGCGCCGGCUUUCGGAACUCUCGAUCUGGGACCUUUCGGUGAGGGCAAUUUUUUGGGGCGGAGACUCUGCCUCGCGUCGUGUUCGACAUGUCGCGUAGUCUGUGGAAAGGAAUACUGGGCGAAGCCGCAGGAGUUUUUUUCUCCUCGAGCAGAAUAUCGAUGCUACCCACGCGCCCAGGUGUGCGCCUCCUUUGUGUUUUUCCCCGGUGUGGAUCGGGCCUUCCAUUUUUUUUUUGAUGUGGCAACGGCGCAGAAAUGACUGUCCCCGAAAAUUGCGCGGGAGCUCGCUUUUUCCGCGCUUUAAUACAUCUUUUCCGGACCCCACAUUUCCAAAAUUGAAGACUUUUGAAUUCGUUUUGAAUUAGUUUUGAAAGCAAAUUAAUGCUCGGGCGCUUCUUGAUUAAGUAAUUCAAAAUCAAAUACAAAUUCUUCAUCGUCAACGUUGCACUUGUAUCUCCAACCGUCGAUGAGCAGCGUGGAGAACAUGUUGGCCGCAGGAGCAGCAAUUCCUGCACCGUUGGCCGCAUGCAUACGGGAAGAUAUCCGCAGCAAAUUUCAUGCCUGGUUGGUGAGAGAACGCGUUGGCUCCUGCUCUGUGAAUUAUCAUUCAUCGAGCUACUAGACUUAUCCUUGUUGGCGUUCAAGAUAGGAAGAAUAAUAGGUGAACUAGUAGAACUCUAAAGAAGUUUAAGUUGCUGUAAAUUACAGCUGUAGUGAGAUGGAACAAUGACAUCAAGAAAAUAUUAUCCAUUGUGCUCUAAAUCUACGUACAACAGCACUCUCUGCGCCGACCACGUGUACAAAUUUGCGAUGCAUAGCUCAUUAGGAAAUGCAAAAGCAUCGCACUCGUAUAAAUGCAUUACAAAUUUCCUCAGCAUGAGAAAACCAAUUUGUAAUGCGGAUUUGACUUAACAAAAAGAUUUGUAAUGCAUGAUUGCACUACGAAUACGAUACAAAUUCUUCAUCUUCACCCACACCUUCGUGCUUUAGUUUCUGAAGCA